CUCUUCCCCGGCGAAGUUAGCCCGGGGGCGCCGUCUGCCGGCGGCGGAGCGGAGGGGGCGGGGAGGCGGCUCGGUGGAGCUCGGGUGUCCGCCGUGCACCCCGGUGCCCCCGCGACCCGCGGCCUCUUCGCCUGAGCUGGGAGCGCCGCUCGGGGAGGCGAGCGGGCAAGUGUGCGGCGCGCUUCUCAGAAAGCCCCUUCGCGGUCGGUGGUUGUGUCUGUCUGGGGCCGAGAAGUGCUGAAACUGCAGAAAGAUGGCUGAAGAAGUGGUGGUGGCCAAAUUUGAUUAUGUGGCACAGCAAGAACAAGAGCUGGAUAUCAAGAAAAAUGAGAGAUUAUGGCUUCUGGAUGAUUCUAAAUCCUGGUGGCGAGUUCGAAAUUCCAUGAAUAAAACAGGUUUUGUCCCUUCUAACUAUGUGGAGAGGAAAAAUAGUGCUCGAAAAGCAUCUAUUGUUAAAAACCUGAAGGACACCUUAGGCAUUGGGAAAGUGAAAAGAAAACCUAGCGUUCCAGAUACGGCGUCUCCUGCUGAUGAUAGCUUUGUUGAUCCAGGGGAACGCCUCUAUGACCUCAACAUGCCUGCUUUUGUGAAAUUUAACUACAUGGCCGAGAGAGAGGAUGAGCUGUCGUUGAUAAAAGGGACGAAGGUGAUCGUCAUGGAGAAAUGCAGUGAUGGGUGGUGGCGUGGCAGCUACAAUGGACAGAUUGGAUGGUUUCCUUCAAACUAUGUAACUGAAGAAGGUGACAGUCCUUUGGGUGACCAUGUAGGUUCUCUGUCAGAGAAAUUAGCAGCAGUUGUCAACAAUCUGAAUACAGGUCAAGUACUGCAUGUGGUACAGGCUCUUUACCCAUUCAGCUCAUCCAAUGAUGAAGAACUCAAUUUUGAGAAAGGCGAUGUAAUGGAUGUUAUUGAAAAACCAGAAAAUGACCCAGAAUGGUGGAAAUGCAGGAAAAUCAAUGGCAUGGUUGGCCUGGUGCCAAAAAACUAUGUUACUAUUAUGCAGAAUAACCCAUUAACUUCAGGUUUGGAACCAUCACCUCCACAGUGUGAUUAUAUUAGGCCUUCACUCACUGGAAAGUUUGCUGGCAAUCCUUGGUAUUAUGGCAAAGUCACCAGGCACCAGGCAGAAAUGGCAUUAAAUGAAAGGGGGCAUGAAGGAGACUUCCUCAUUCGUGAUAGUGAAUCUUCGCCAAAUGAUUUCUCAGUAUCACUAAAAGCACAAGGGAAAAACAAGCAUUUUAAAGUCCAACUGAAAGAGACAGUUUACUGCAUUGGGCAGCGGAAAUUCAGCACCAUGGAGGAACUUGUAGAACAUUACAAAAAGGCACCGAUCUUUACAAGUGAACAAGGAGAAAAACUGUAUCUCGUCAAACAUUUGUCUUGAUACUCCUCAGCAGUGACUGCCACACAACUUUAACUUGUCACGUAAUUGAGAACUGAGCGUGUUCCAAUUUUACUUGCUUGGAAAGUGCUGUUUCUAACUGUAUGAGAACUGACUGUAAUACAUGAGUAUUUUUGUUAUAACUCAGCCCAUACAUAUAUCUACAUAUGCAGUGCACCUAUAUAGAAGAGUUCUUUAUUCUUGGUCUUCUAUCUUACUGUCUUCUUUGCUAUUUUUCUCUUUCCUUCUAACAAUUAAAGUUUUGUAUUCCAAAAGAAAAAAAGGAAUAAUUUGGUUCAAAAAUCUUUAUAUGGAAGAAUUCUUUUACUGGUGUUACUUCAUUUCCUUGUAAAGGUGUCCUGUUCUCCCAUAGUUCCUCUUCACAUAAAAUCAUACCUAUAUGGCAUAUGCUGAAAUUCAUUUCUUGUAAAGUGGUAAUCUUUUCUGUGACUAAAUAGCAAUAAUAAACAAAACUAGAAA